AUGUGCGGAAUCUGGGCGAUCCUCGGCGAGCAACCGCAGCCACACCAUCAGAACGCCUUCAUGAGCAUCGUCGGCCGCGGUCCCGAUCUCACCGUCCUGGAAGAGGUCCAGCCCAACGUCCACCUCGGCUUCCACCGCCUCGCCAUCGUUAUGGUUCUUUUUUCCUCUCUUAUACUUUGCCAGGUCGUUUCGCAGAGAUCCGAUUUAGUGCCCAUCCCAUAGAACCCUUACACUCUAGUGGACAAUCGUUUUUCGGCUUUUUGAUGGCCUUACACUUUCCUUUUCUUUGUAUUGGGCUCCGAUUGGUUUCGGCUCGCAACAAAUUGUCUUUGGGUCUGAGUUCGGAGGGGCCUAUUUUUGUUAAAAUUAGCAGUGAAAAUCUAGUAACAGACUCGAUUCAACCAAAAAUAAAUGAUGCUGUAAAAGGUUUUUUUUCAGGUAAAGUUAUUGCGAGACCUAUUUGCAAUCUUUUUCGAUUAGAGCCGGCAAAAAAAAAUCGAAAAAUAACAAGGAAAGAAGCUAAAAAAAAAUUGUUUUAACUCAUAAAUUUCCAAACUUCGAACUUAAGUUCUCCCUCUUCUGAACCCCUAACCUUGACUAAGAAAAAGCGUAGCGUAGGUUCUGUUGAUUAAGCAUUGCCUCAAAAAUUAACUCUUUUAAAAAUGUUUUGAGACUUGAUAAUUCAAGUAUAGACGAUUUUUUUGGGCUUGAUGAUUCAUUUUCUUGUGUUGUAAAAUCUCCGUAAAUCUACACACAACUAAUGUGCGCUCUACCGUAAAUUGUUUCUGCGUUACCGUAUAAUUAAAAAGACUCACUUGAAAGAGAAUUUCCAGCCUGGCGACACUCCAAGUGCGCAGCCGAUCCACGGCGCCGGCCUCGCCGUCGUUUGCAACGGAGAAAUUUACAAUCAUCGGGAGCUCAAGGUUUGAUUUAUUCCAUUAUUUCACGAUUCCACAAACUUCAAUCAAAGAAUAUAUAUUUCUUUUUUCAGGACGGUUGCUCGGUUCCAUUGAAGAACGGCGGCAGCGACUGCGCCGGUAUCAUCACGUCGUUCUUGAAAAAUGGUUGGUUUAUAUUUUCUUGGUUAUUUCUCAAGUUUGAACGAUUCUAAAGGUUUGCUCUAACUCUCUAUCUUUUGGUUCUUGCGCAAUUUUCUACACUAGGACGUGUGAUUUUCUUAAGUUACUGGUUUUAAACCUGAUUCUUUGUAGGAUGCCAACUUUGAAAAUUUAUAUUGUUAUUAAAGUCACUAUGAAUAUCUACCCUUUGAAAAAAUUUCAUGAAACUCGUCAGACUUGUCAGUCUACCUCAUUAACUUCAACAACUUUUUUUCAAAAAUGAUUAUCAACCUUCCAGAGCAAGAUCUCAAGGAGACCUGCGCCUCUUUGGACGGCGUUUUCGCCUUCAUCAUGGCAGACAGCAAGAAUCUCUACAUCGGACGUGAUCCAAUCGGCGUCCGACCGCUCUUCUACGGAUUCAACUCCAACGGUUUGCCUUAACGUGAAUUAUCAAACAACCAAAAUCCGGUCUGACGCAAACAAAUAAGAACCGCAAAAAACGGAGAAAACAAAAUCAAGUGAUAGAUUAUCCGCCAUAAAUACUGGAAAACAACAAAAAAAAAAUCCAGUAAAUUUAGGAUCUUUGAUAAUCGGCUCUGAAGUGAAAAGCAUCGAAAGACUCUGCGACAAAAUUGACUACUUCCCACCAGGAUGUUGCGCGACUGUUCCUUUGAAUAACAGAUACAGGUAAGAAUCGACACGGUCGUUUCACAGCAGCUUUCUAGAUAUUCCGAAAGAAAAAAUUACGGCAAACUCCAAUUCGAUUUUUUUUUUUAAUUUUCUCUUUUUCGGGCUUAAUAAAAAUUAUGCGCAGGCUGUGGUACUUCUAAAAAUUCAUAAAAAUGUUGCGAGAUUCGAAAAUUGAAAGAGAAUAAACAAAAUGAAUAAAACUCCUAUAGGAGAAAAUACAAAAAUUUUGAGCUAGUUUUGCGCCUUUCAAUGUUGGUUGGCGUUAAUUUUUAUACGCAUUUAAAAAGUUUCAUUGAAUUUCCGAAAAAAAUAAAUACUUUUUCUUCUUUUUUUCAUAGUUUAGAAAGUAUUUAUAAAGAGAAAAAUUUUCGUAUAGAAGCCGGCCAUUGUUGUUCUCUAAACUCACUUCUUAGAUCAAACUACUUUUAAUUAAUUUCAUCUUUUUUUGGACUCAAAUGUACUUCCUUGCAGAUCCAUCCCAGUUCAACAAUAUUAUGCCGUGCCCAGCAUUGCUGAUCGUUUCCUCAGCAUGGAAAAUACCAAGGUUUUGCUUUUUUCUUGAAGAAAAUAAUCAUUUUUCUAGACUCUUGUCCGAGAGAUCCUGGUCAAAUCGGUCGAGAAAAGGCUGAUGGGAAACAGAAGAUUCGGUUUUAUGUUGUCGGGUGGACUUGACUCUUCCUUGAUCGCUUCGAUCGCCUCGAAGUUCUUAAAUCACGUAAGUUAUUGAUAUUUUCCUGCAGUAACUUUUCGACUUGUUUUCAGAAACCAAUCGCCUUCUCUGUCGGAUUCGAAGAUUCUCCGGAUUUGGAGAAUGCGCGAAGGGUCGCCGAAUAUCUCAACAUUCCACAUGAAGUUCUCGUGAUCACUCCAGCCCAGUGCAUUGACAUUAUUCCAGGUUUUGGAAAGUGUAAUUUUUGGAAAAAUGCUUUUUUUCAGAAGUUAUCUACGCUUUGGAGACUUUCGACCCCCUGAUCAUCAGAUGCGGAAUCGCUCAUUAUUUGUUGUGCCAGCACAUUGCCAAAACUUCCGAAGUCAAGGUUCUUCUCUCGGGUUCGUUCCUUUUUCAAUUCAGUUUACAGUCUGUUCUGAAGUUCUUUUUAUUCUUUCUCGAUGCUUGACGUUUUUUUUUUUGAUCUGAAAAUGAAUAAUUGCUCGAGGGCUUAAUUGAGUUCGUCCAUAUUCUUUUGAAAACCAAGCAAAUUUUUUGAACACAAUUUAACUCUUGAUACCAUUUUUCUAGAAUUAUCGAACAGUAGAACAGUUAGUUAAUCCAUUUUUUAAGUCAUGAGUAAAAACUUUUGAACUUUAAUCAGCUUUAAUUUGUUGAGGUUUUGUACCCAAUUUCCUAUGUAACGUUUAAAAAUGGUUCUAUCUUCAGACUGGGAUUUUCAACCAUUAAAAAAAAAAGUUUUUCUCUCACUUGGUUCUUCUAUACUUUAUACAGUACCUUCUGGGAGUUUUCGUACCAUUUUCCGUAAGUCACUCUCACUUGUAAGUCCUUUGAAGUAACUUUUUCCGUUGAUAAAAACCUUUCGGCCAGUACGAAAGACCACCAAACCAUUGAACCAACAAAAAGUUUUCUCCAUGAGAAAGUUGAGCCGUUUUUUCUGUGUAUCAACACUCUUGUCUCAGUUACCUUUGCCCUUUCGGAAAAAAAAGAUAGCGGGAAAAGAAGAAGUGGCUGUGAUUAGACACGGUGGCGACGGCCGUGUUGACUUUUUGGCUCUUUUUGGCCCCCGCCAAGGAGUCUCACAAUAUAUCGGCUUCUCUUUUUGAGUGUCGGAUUAAUGGGAUGAAGUCAUGAAGAAGGGCAGACAAAACUGUAGUUUUCACUUUCCAUUUGAAAAUUGAAUAAAAAGGGUAAAAAAUAGUCUCGAACUUGCUAAAUUUUACAAUUUUCGAAUUUUUUGCUUUGUUAAAUUUGGAGUGAUAAAUCUUGAAAGUUAAAAAUGAGCAUAGUGAGGAAAUAAACUGAAUCUAUCAAGUUAAAUCAAACUUUUUUUUAAGAAUCGACCAAUCAGAAAUGAAGUAAUUUUUCGAGAAGAAAAAAAUCUAGUUAAUUUUACUUUUUUCCUGAAAUUCCUUAUGAUUAGUUUCCAUUCAAAGCUUCCAACCCUUCAUGGAACUUUUAAAAAUCCUCAUAUACUUCUGUUGGAAAACAAUUUUAUAAGGUUUCGAUUCUGAAAGACUUCAUUCAGAGUUGUUCUUCAUGUAAAUUAGAAAGUAAGAAAUGGGUUGCUAUGAAAUUUUUAAAUAUUUAAUAGUUUUAUCCACUCAUUUUCCAAGCCAAAACAGCUUAGAAAAAAAAAGUCAUCCCAUCGAGUCACACUUCUAAAAGUCGCAUCACAUCACCUUUUGUCAAUAAAAGUCAGGUUCCGUUCUCAACUUUUCGCGAGCCCAACGGAAAAAAAAAGAAAAAAAAAACUCAGAACCGUCGGAAAAACAAACCAGCUUCCCAGUGCCACGGCGACUGUUUUUGUUUUUUUUUUCUUUCGUCGAGUGAGUCACGGACGAAGGGAAGCAGAAGCUUCGAAAAGCUCCGAGAAACGUGCACUCGAAAGAUGUAAAUAAAUACAUACCGUUUGCCCCGAAAUAGCCACGGUUCCAACUAAUUCGGAACGUUCAGCACCGCGUGCGACGUCCCGCUUUUGUUUGAACUCUUUUUGGUUCCUCCUUUCUGGGAAGGCCGAAGAGUAUCUCGAGAAAUAUGGGGAUGUAUGAUAAAUCCAAGAUUUUCUUUAGAAAUGAGUUGGUUUUGCGAUUAAAUAGCUUCCUUCGAUUUUAACGGAUUUUUUUGGGGGGAAUUAAGUGAUAAAGGCUCUUAUUUAAAUUAUUCCGGAGAACUUUUUGAUGUACCAGAAAAAGGUCCAGAAAUUCUCAACCUGCAAAGCUUUUUAGUUUAAAAAAAAGGUCUCAAAAUAGCACAUUUUUACGAUAUUAGAGGGUUUUCUUUGGCUUCCAAGUGUCGUUUCUCAAAAACUAAGAAGUUGUGAAGCUUGAAAAUUGAAUAUUUUUCUGGUACAUUGAAGGGAUUUUUCAGCCGAUUUUCAGGAAAUCCCGAUCCCCAAAGUAAAAUGACCUUCCUUGUGAGAUCAAAAAAACCAUCUGUUUUCAGGAGAAGGAGCGGAUGAGCUUUUCGGGAGCUACGCCUAUAUGCAACGCGCUCCGAACGCAUUCCACUUGCACAAGGAGAUUCUCCGUCGGAUGAAGCAUCUCCAUCAGUACGACGUCCUCCGCUGCGACCGCUCCACCUCCUGUCACGGCUUGGAGAUCCGGGUUCCUUUCCUCGACAAGCGGUUGGAGACGUCGCUGAACUUUGAAAUGGCUGAAUUAUUUAGCUUCAUCGACCUCGUCGCCCGACUACCGCCCACUUAUAAGCUGAUGCCGAUGAAGUUGGAGAAGCACGUCCUCCGCGACGCCUUCCAAGGAUGGCUUCCCGAGGAAGUCCUUUGGAGGAGCAAGGAGGGAUUCGCCGAGGCUUUGGGUACUGGAAAAACAGAAAUUUCUCGAGGAAAAGGGGGAAAAUGUAGGAAAAACUGAUCUGGGUGAGAUCAUCGCUCAACACUGCGAUCGGAUCGUUCCGGCCGAGGCAUUCGCUCGACGAGCAGACCGUUUCCCUGACAGAACCCCCGAAACGACCGAGGAGUUCUGGUAUCGACAAAUCUUCGAGGAAACCUACUGCUUCAUGAAGGUCGCUCCACUCGUCCACACCAAAGUUUAUAGGCGAGUUUUUCUUUCACAAAAAUGAGUAGUCUUCCGAAAAUUGGAUUACAGCAUUUUUGAGCUUUGGACUUUCACAGGUUUCGGGAAAAAAUAGUUCAACUUCUUCUUUCCUUCUAUUUCUCAAGCUUGAAACUGAAAAUAUUGAUUCCAGAACAGCGGCUUGGCACCGAGUUGAGGAGAAAGAGAACCUCGAGUUCAAAGACUCGCUCGACGUCAAGGAGGAGAUCGCCGAGAUGAUGCGUCUCCGACGUCGGUCCACCGGUUCGACGACCCUUUCGGCUGGCGUCGCGUAA